AUGGCACACACUCUGCACCGCAACAUUUGGCUCAGGCCCUUUUCCUUUUCCCCUCCAAACUCACGAACGGGAUGUCUGGGUGGUGGACAGACCAAAGACGAAGAAGAGAAUGAGCAGAUCUGGGCUGGGGGUUUUGUCACCGGUCAAACUUACCAGACAAAGGGGCGAGGGAGCAUUGAGUGGUUAACGUCACCGAGAGUCGCCGCCCGUGGGCCAUCCGCGGAGGAUUUCUGGUCAGCACCUGGACUCAGCCGGGCAAGAACGAUUCAUGAAUCAUCAAACAGUAAUCCGUCCAGUUGA